GAUGGGCCGGAGCUACUGCAUAGGGGUUAGUGAAAUGAGUGUUGAUAGGGCCUGAAGGGGUUUAUGUACUCGUGAGAGUACGCAUCUUUCUACAUAAGAUUUUGAGCUUUCGGUCUCUCUCGUCGCACGUUAUCCAGUCACUCAUUUUGCAAGCCGCGGUGCUGCUUCCCUUCGCUUUCGUCACUCUUUAAGAUCGUUGAUACGAUUCUCCUCACUCAUUAAAGCGCAAGUCACCGCUUUCGACACUCCCUGUCACAGAUCAGCCAUCCAACAUGAAGUCCUCCAUCCUCUCCCUGCUUCCCCUCGCGAGCCUCGCCAUUGCAGAGUCGUCAUGCACACGCAAGACCGUAACUCAUACCAAAUACGAAAAGGUCUACAAGACCGUUGAACCCGUCGUCGACGCUAAGGCCGAACCCACAUGUUCGAGGCAGACCGUCACCGCGACCUCCUACGAGAAGGUCUACGUCACCGUUACCCCCGGAGCAAGUUCCUCUGGCAUACCCUACCCUACGAUUAGCUCCCAUUCGAAGGGCCCCGAGUACUCUCUCGGUUAUACACCUGUUCCCCUGAGCGAGGUCGAGAAGCGCACUUCUACUAUUGCCUCCUACCCUACUAUUAGCUCUUAUACGAAGGAGCCUGAAUACUCUCUCAAUUACACGCCUAUCCCCCUGAGCGAGGUUGAGAAGCGCACUUCGACUAUUCCCUCCCACCCUACCAUCAGCUCUUAUACGAAGGAACCUGAGUACUCUCUCAAUUACACGCCUAUUCCCCUAAGUGAGGUCGCGAAGCCUACUUCUACUGUCCCCUCCCACCCUACCAUCGCCUCUCAGUCGAAGCAGCCUGAGUACUCUCUCAAUUAUACGCCUGUUCCCCAGAGCGAGGUCGCAAAGCCCAGUUCCGCGCCUGAACCGGCUGCGCGAGCAGAUGUGUCCGCGGCUGCGGGAUCGAACAAAGGUGAGGCGACCUUUUACGGUGGUAAUGUCGCAGGCGGUAUGUGCUCUUUCACGGGCUACACCAUCCCUGCCGGUAUCUUUGGCACCGCUCUCUCGAGCAGCAAUUGGGAUGGCGCCGCCAACUGCGGUACCUGCGUGCAAGUCACUGGACCUAGCGGAACUAAGAUCAAGGCUAUGGUCGUUGACCAGUGCCCCGGCUGCGGACCCAACCACCUCGACCUCUUCCCCGACGCGUUCAAACAGCUUGCCGACCCCACUAAGGGCGUCAUUCCCGUUUCUUGGGACAUUGUGUCUUGCGGUAUCACGACCCCCAUUGUGCUAAAGAAUAAGGAGGGCACCAGCAAGUUCUGGUUCAGCAUGCAGGUCAUGAACUCCAAUGUAAAGGUGAGCAAGCUUGAGGUGAGCACAGACGGCGGCAGCUCAUGGAAGAGCACUACUCGCAAGGAGUACAACUACUUUGAGAACCCAUCCGGCUUUGGCGCAGACAGUGUAGAUGUCAAGGUUACGAGCGUCAACGGCGACUCGAUUGUUGUCAAGGACGUGAGCAUUGCCGCCAGCAGCACAAAGACGAGCAAAGGCAACUUUGCUUAAACAGGGAUGGGGCUAAUACUUGACGGUAUUCUGAUGGCGUGUUUUUCUUGUGGAUGAGCUAAUGAGUUCGGUGUUCCAAUUCUCAAAGCCAACUUGAUCUGCUUCUUGUUCUUAUUAAUACUUUCUCGGUCAGCACAAAAGUCGCUGCAAUACGUUCAAUAGGCAGAAAACAAUCAUAUCCCUUGA